AUGCAAUCGCCACCACCGCCAAUGACGCCGUACGAAGAGAACAUAACGCGGUCCUAUCAGUACCUCAACGGUGUCCGCAUGCAGUCAGCGAUUCUGUUUAGCAGCACCACUUUCUGCAUUGACCGCUGCCUUGAUACAGAGGAGCUGUACACGCUGAUGCGCACGACAAACGCGCCGAUCUCCUACCGCCUUCAGAAGGACAUGGAGGAGAAGAAGUGCGUGCAAAACUGCAGUGCCAAGUGGGACGAGCUCUUCAACCUCACGCUCACAGAAACGAACGAAGCUGCCAUUCGUGAUGUGCAGGCGAGCGCUAUCGCGAAGAUGAUGGGUGCGAUUCAGCAGUAG